CGGUCGGGAAUCGUUGAAUAAUCGAAAAGGAGCGAAUUUCAUGAUUAGUGAACACUCCGAGCCGAACGUCCCGCUCGCGAAUCAGGUUCGGGAAGACCGGCUUUAAUGAACACUAUGAAUGUUUAAAGUUGAGGGAUUGGGCAACCUAAAAUCGCACCAGGAUUGGCUCUAUUUGGGUCUUGCCCAAUCACUGCAGCGUGGCAAUGGCUCCCGACACGCCGAACACUCACCUGUGGCACGCUAACGGCCAUUCUAAAACUAGUUCCUCCGACUGGCCUGAUGAUUAAAUCUCUCUGUAUCGAUCGUACCGUUUCCUGCUUCUCGACUUAUCCGAUCGAUCUUCACUUUUUGCCUUCCGUCACAGCAUCAUGGAUGGAGGAAUGCAGCUCCAGACGUAUGAGGGCUUUGUGGAUCCCGACGCGCCUCUCCUGCCCUGGGAUGAGAUUUACCAGAAAGUUUUGUUAUCUCCACGCUUUCGACCGUCGCUGCUAGAGAGCUCUCUCGCAACCUCACAGCUCACCUCCCUCCUCUCCGCCUCCUCAUAUCCCAUCCCCGAACCGUUCUAUCAGCACGGACAGUUUCCAUCGGAGGGCUAUGGCGCUUCGUUAUCUGUACCCAAUGGCUUUCUACUCCCAGGGUCCGACGCCGGAGAGCGCAUGUUGAGCUUGGAUCGACGGACGCCAUCGACUGACACGCAACGACCGACUCAGAACGCCCAGAAGACAACGAAACGGGAACUGAAUGAGUCGUCUGGUGGACCGACUGCUAAGAAGCGUGGUCGCCCACGUAAAACGAUGGAUACUCGAAUGGGCGAAGACCCAGAAGAACGACGUCGAAUGCAGAUCCGCCUGGCACAGCGAGCUUACCGUUCUCGCAAGGAAGCCAACAUCACAUCGCUUAAGGGUCGGAUCUCUCAACUGGAAGCAACACUAGAGAAAAUGAGCUCGGCAGUCGUCUCCUUCAGCGAUAAUCUGGUGCAGUCGGGGGCUCUCUCCUCGCACCCCGACAUCGCGAGCCACUUACGUGAUACAGUGCAAACGUGUUUAGCAUUGGCAAAGGAGGCCAGCAAGGAUGGCGAACCCGAGAGUCCGGACACUUCAUCGCACGGUGAGGAAAGCACGUCGUCAACUUCAGCGGGGCCGGACGGCAUGCCAACAGAUCACAAUACGAGCCCGCGUUCUCACGCCGAACAGACCACCCCUCCAGAGAGUGGUCCGUCAAAGCCGAUUUCUCCUCCCUUGUCCGAGCCCAUAGAGCCUUCUGCUAUGGAUAUUUCUCUCUUCAUCGAACAAUUACACCUGGCAUGUGUAUAUCAAGGGUACUUGGUGCUUUCGAAUCCAUCCGUUCCUAUGUCUCGCAUCGAACGUCCAUUUCGGUUCCUGUUUACCCUUAUGGACAGACCUCACCUGACUGCAGCCUUCGAAGCAUUGUUGCACGCUAAAUUGAGUCAGAAAAGAUUGGAGGAGUGCUAUGCAGGGGUCCCGUUCUUCAAGCUUGGGGGUGCUGGCACCCACUAUGCACGAUCCACCGGCCAAGCUCAAGAAGGUGAAAAACCUUUAUGUCGCUACCAGCAAUGGGCUACGAUCCACGAUCCUCUCGCACGAUUUUCGCCUGAUAUCCGAAAGGAAAUGGAGGGAGAUUGGUUUGAUAUGCAAGACCUGGCGGGUUAUCUCCGCGAGAAAGGAGUGCGUCUGUUCUCCUCUGCCCCCUCAGAAACGGACCGAAAGCUGUCACGGACACCCAUUAACGUUACCCGCUUCACACAAACUUUGAUUAGUAGAGGCAUAUGUUUGGGGCGCACACCGGGAUUCCAACGCUCCGAUGUGGACAGUGCUCUGCACGCCUCGGUAUGGACAUGAUGGCUCAUAGAAGAAAUCACAGUCAAACUCUCCCAUCAUAAGAUUAUGCUUUAUGAUCGUCGAUUUAAUACCCAAGCUCCUAAGUGUGGUCUGCUGUAAACAUAUCGCCCAGUCCCUCUACCUGCGUGUGGCCACCAUGAUCUUCAUUGCUCCUGGGAGCAGGGUCAGCAGCUGGCAUUGAGUGGACAGUGCAGAGCCCGCAUCACUAAAUCCCUCAGGAAUUCAUGUUGAGGUGAUAUACCCACCUGUCUUCCUGUCACAGCAACGUCAGGUCAUCGAU